CAGCGGGCUGCGCCGCUCGUGUUCUCGCAGCCCGCCGUUCAGGAUCUCGCGUGUUGUGCAAAUGAUUUUGUUUUUAUGGCGCUCAUAUUGCUGCAAGUGUUGGUGCUGGCCGUGACCGCGGGAGCCGUGGACGAUGUGGGAGUGAGAUGGCAGGAUGGCGGGUGCUCUGUGCCGGAGUCGGCGCGCCGCCCCCCGCCGCCGCCGCUGCUGGCAGACCCCCCGAGGUCCAUGUGGAAACGAGACCUGACGAGGACGAGAUCAUCACCAAGCGGGAGGCUGGAGGUGAUGCGGGCUGAUGAUGAGCUGUGGUGCGCCGUGCAGCAUCCAAGCCUGGUCAUCGGGUACCCUCUCUCCUUGUUUUGGUCAUAUACAAACAAGAACUUACUACCUCACGACGAUAAGGGUCGGGCGACAUCGCGGCAUGUGGCACCCUGUUACCUGGAGGGGGAGGACCCAGCGACGGACAGAAACACUUUGCCGGGGAGCGACAGAUACUUCGCUCUGCAAACUGAUCAUAUGACACCAGACGUAAAUGAUGAUAGCCAUCGAGAAUAUAGAUGUAAGGCAUCGCUGCCAGAUGAAUAUGAUGAAGACGACACAGUUCCGCUGACGUGUCCCCUGCACAGGUGGCCAAAUGUUAAAUUAAAAUGGAACGUGAAGCGUGGCGCGGGCGCAAAGUCUCUUCUACCACCGAUCUUCGCCCAGAGGCGAGAAGGGAUCUACUCCUGUACUAAAGAAGGAAACGAUAACACAAUAGAGCCGCCUCGCAUGCUGUACCCGCCGCAGUCGAAGACGUCCCCGCAGGCUGGCACGGUGCGGUUCAACUGCACCGCCGCGGGGAACCCCAAACCCAUCGUCAAGUGGUACAAGAACGGGGUCCCUCUUGUGACGUCGUCGGGAGCGAUCAAUAUUCGCAACUCCAGUAACCAAGAACGCCUAGAGCUCGUCGUGUCGAGCCUAAGUGCCAACAGUGAAGGCGUGUACCAGUGCAUAGCGUCGAACGCGGGUGGUUUCGUGUCAGGCUGGGCGCACCUCAACGUGACGUUCUCGCCGGUUCUGGCGCCGGUGGGCGUGGCCUGCGCGCCGCUGUCCGCCAAUAGCGUGCAAGUACGCUGGCGCUCCGCCUCCGACACGCCCGGCGAUCUGGCUUACACCGUGUCAGUUAAACUUAAAGAGAAAGCAGACAUCGACGAAAUCUUGGCGCCAACCAACCUCACCGUCUACAACGAGAUCCGGCUGUCCAGGCCGCUCACUCCGUACCAGUUCCAAGUACGAACGUACCGUAAGAGUGGCGCUAGCAACUUCUCACAUACUGUGGUCUGCCAGGGGCAAGGAGUCCCCUUCAACAUGAGCGUGGCGGGCGAGGGCCUAGUGUUGGUCUCCUGGAAGACUUUCGCCGAGCAGAACCCUGGAGUGGUGCAGUGGAGGGUGGAGUACAAGACGCAGAAUAAUGAUGAUGUCACGACAGUAGUGCCACCUGCCGGCGCACACAACUAUACUUUGAGAGUAUCGCCAAACGAGCCACUACUAGUGCGGGUGCUGGGAUCCCGAACAGCGGAGUGGUUGCUCCAGAACCUAACCCUGGUACCCUGGGUGUCCACCACCAGGGCCGGGGAGGACUACGGAGAGCUAGACGCGUACGUGGACGAAGUGGCGGUGACGUCUGUGCGCGAGCGGUCCGUGUCGCUGCGAUGGCGGUGCGUCGGCUGCCCGCCGCGGCACAAGGUCCAAGUGUGCGCCAUCUCGCAGCAGCAUCCCGAAGUGUGCCGCAACACCACGAAAACGAACGUGACUCUAGACGAGCUGUACCCUCAGACGAUGUACGAGCUGCGGCUGCAAGUGGUGGCCGGCCGCGCCGCAGGGAAGGUCGGCACUGCCUAUAGCAUCGUCACACGCUCCGACGCGCAAUUCAAAGAGCUCACGUACAAGUUCGUGAACGAAAGUGCCCUGCUUGUGUCGUGGAGCGGCGCGGGCGCCUACACCGUGCACUACAGCUCUCAGCUGCAGCUGCCCAUCAUCACCUGGUCCGCUAUCGAGGUCGUCGGAAACUCUGUGCUGAUAACCGGUAUCGAUCCGCUGAACAAGACGUAUGUGAUGGUGACUGGUUAUGACCCGCCGGCACGGAGCCCCGUGAUCACCGUGCCUGCGCAGGCAUCUAUCACGACACCCGCAGAUUCUGAGGAAAAAACGAUCGUGGCGGCCGCGAAAGACGAGAUCCAGUACGAGUUUGUGGGGGAGGACGUGGUGAUCAGGUGGGGGAGCGGCAGCCGCCUGGUGCGCUACUCGCAGAAUAUCACCAGGCCCAUCGAAGACUGGGACAAGGCCGACUCCAGCGACGGGUUCAUCCAGUUCCAGAUGUCCGGUUUCAACCCGAGCUUGCCGCUGUACGUGCAAGUGAUCGGUCGCGCGGACCUACUGAGCGGGUCGUCUGCGCCAGUGCUUACCAUACCACCCAGACCGACGACUACUAGCAAUUUUUAUCUAAAUCUGAUCUUGGGAUGUUCUUUCGGAGCGUUGUGUGUGCUGGUCAUCUUGAGUGCGUACAUCUGGCGUCGAAGGAGGAGGCUAUCUAAAUCUGCUAGGUCUCGUCGAAGUCACGUUGCAGCAUCUAGCCCAGAGGAAGACGGCUCAGAGAUGAAGACGGUGGGCGCGCGCCUGUGCAACGGCGCGGGGGAGCCGCUGCUCAACGGACACGUCCACAUCACGGAGAACCCCGCCUCCAAAACCCCGAACGGACGAAUGAAAAGAGGUCGCCGGCUGGACAGCCAGUUCGAGGCGUUCGACGUGUCCCGACACGACGCCGACACGACGCAGGAGACGACCCUCGGCGACUCCGCGCUCGACCUCGCGCGGCCCGGUCCCAAGCUGCCCGACGACAACAUGAACGUCGAAGGGGGCUUUCGCGACAACAGCCAGCAACCCACCCUGCAGCCCAACGGUUGAGCCCACCGCGGCGCGUAGAACUACAGGGGGGUUAGGCGGCCCCCGACGGUAGGACGAAUCACAACGGUAGCCGCGAGGCGAGGAUAGCUCGGCGCGUUUUGUUCCUAGUAGACUUUAUUUCGAACGACGUAAGGCUGAUUUUUAAACAAUAGUACGGGUAAAUUAAUUAGUUCCACGGUCGCUCGGGCCGUGCGAAGUUAUUCUCGCCCGAGGCUCCCCCGGUCCCUACUUGUACAUAAACGCUCCGGCGCGGCCCGGACCCGGACAAUAAGCGCACCCGCCACCCGCACGACCGGUGACGUACUAUCACACCAAAUCGUAUCCAAACAGCCCUAUUACCUGAACCUGUAUAUAAUAUUUAUUGACGGAAAUCUAUUUAUUUAUUCACAUUUUGUUUUGUUCGUGGUCUUCGUAGUCUAGGAUUCGGUGAAAAUAAUUGUUUUACUCAUCUAUGUAGAUUGUAGGCAGUAUCAGUAUCGCCAGAAAGCAUGGAAGUAUUUUUCCUCACUUGUUUUGCAUUUACAUAAACACAGUUUCAACUUCUAAGUAAAGUAUUUUAAUAAUGACAUUACAAUUUAUCGAUCGUAGACUACAGGACGAGCCUUAGAUGCUAGUUACCCUCUGACUUACAUUCCGACCUGCGUACGCGCACGUUGCGUGCACGCAACGGGUACGCCUUUUUUACGCACACUUUUAUAUACCUGUUAUAGUUUAAGUAGCGGAUGCGCCACGUUUUUUACAUUAAAGUAGAUAGAUUUAAAAAAGACGUUAAAAAUACAAAAAAAUAUAUUAUA